CGUGACUCCCGCCACCGCGCGUAUGUCGAUGUGGAUCUUGGUCGUGGCUGCAUCAGUAUGCUUAGUUGCCUGUGGGGGCUCCCAAAUGGACGAGAACGGGCUUAAUGCCUUUGCCUUUGCGACGCCAUUCAAGCAAGGUCCGUUUUCACUAUUGCACAUUGCAAAAGAGGAGGCUGGGCGCCACAAUGAUAUGCCUGGUGUGCAGCGGAUGCGUUUCUGCACCGGAGUUUUCACACCGCCAUGAGGGACGAAAGGGAGGACGACGAAGCCGCGAAGCCCUCUUGUCAGAACAGACUGACAAACAUACGAACCUACGAAGCAUCCGUUCCCCUUUGUGUCGGCAGUCUUGUCGGACCGAGAGUACCUUCAGAGCUCUGCCAACGAGCUGGAAGGUCAGCCAUGGCCUUCUGCGGAUGGUGGCUCUGUGUGUGUGUGUGUGUGUGCAGCGUCGGUUGGCUGGAACAUUCGGGAUCUUGACAACAGUGCACACAUGGCACAGGCAGCGCUCAAACACAGUGAGUGCACUCACCGAUGCGAAGCCCGGCGGAGGGGCCGUGUCUCACUGUUGGCGUGAAGCGUAUGUCUGCGUCGCUCCGUCAGGUUUGUCUGGCCCGGCAGAGAUCAGAUCCUUCAUGGAGAUGAUGCGCCGGAUGCGCAGGCAGAGAGAGAUGAAUGACGACAGGCAUGUGUGCUGACAGCAGAGAGCCCAGCCACAAAUCCAGUCAGCCAGUGCACAUGCUGGUAGAAGAGACCACAGACAGCUAUGAGGCAGCUCAUAUGUACGAGUGCCGCUCGCAUGUCUGGAUACUGUCAGCUCCGUGUAGGCAUAGUAAAGUAGUAGGGCGACGACUGACGCGCAUGUGCAUCAUUCAACCCGAG